AUGUCUACCGACUACCAGUUCCAGGGAUGGAUGGGCCUCGACAAGUCUGCCGACAAGGGUAACAUGAAAUGGCAGGAAUAUGAGCCAAAGAAGUGGGAGGAGACAGAUGUUGACAUCCAAAUCACACACUGUGGUAUGUGCGGAUCUGAUCUUCAUACUCUUCGACCCGGCUGGGGCGAGACCGACUACUCAUGCUGCAUCGGUCACGAGAUUGUUGGCAAGGCGGUCCGAGUCGGCUCUAAAGCCGAGGGUGGCAUUAAAGUUGGCGAUCGUGUUGGCGUUGGCGCUCAGUCGAGCUCGUGCCUCAGGCCAGACUGCGCAGAAUGCGCCGAUAACAAUGAGCAGCAUUGCCAGAACGGCAUGGUGGCCACAUUCGACAGCAGAUAUCCUGGCGAUAUUGGCAAGUCAUAUGGCGGCUAUGCGGAUUAUGCUGCGCCCAUGUUGUGUGGUGGCAUCACAUCUUUCUCGCCGUUGAUGAGGAACGGUGCUGGGCCAGGCAAGAGAGUAGGAAUUGUUGGCAUUGGCGGUCUGGGCCGUUACGGUGUCCUGUUUGCCAAAGCAUUGGGCUGUGACAAAAUAGGUGCAAUUUCACGAACAUCAGCAAAGAAACAAGAUGUAUUGAAGAUGGGCGCCACUGGUUUCGUCUCGACCGAGGAAGACAAAGACUGGGCUACAGCACAUGCGAACUCUCUCGAUCUCAUUGUCUCCACUGUGUCUUCUCCAAAAAUGCCAUUGAUGGGAUAUCUGAGCUUACUUGGUGUUGGUAGGCAGUUCAUUCAGGUCGGCGCACCAGAGGACUCAAUUCCACCCUUCAAUGCAUUCGCACUCAUACAAAAGGAGGUGAGAAUUGGCGGCUCUAUGAUCGGCUCCCCGGCGGAAAUCAGACAUGUGCUCAAGCUCGCGGUAGAGAAGGGCGUACACUCUUGGAUCAACAAAUACUCAAUGAAGGAUGCCAACAAGGCGGUGGUGGAUUUCAACGAGGGCAAGCCACGAUACAGAUUUGUCCUGGUCAAUGAAAAGCACGCCUGA